CAGAGAUCCAAAUAAAAAAACAUUCACAGGAUUUUACAGAUACCAUAGAAAUAACUUAUUAAAAAAACAAACCAUGGAUGUUCGGAGAUCUCCAUAUGCAUUCAUUGCAGUUUCUGUAAUAGUCAUGUUCUUGAUCCCAGGAUCGGAAGCAAGAGCAAACUUAAAUGAUGAUGUUUGUCCAGGGUUAUGUUUUGCUGGAGCUGACCCAGACUGCAAUACGCUCUGCCGUAACAUGGGGUAUCCUGGAGGCUACUGUUAUAAGGGAGUAACUUGUUGCUGCAACCCUAAAUCCUCUAAAGCCCUUAAUAUUCCUCCUCCUUAAUUUUAUUGUUUGUCAAUCUCAAUUAAUUGAUAUUUUAUAUUAUGAAAUAAACACUAAUAAAGCUCUAAAGUUUUACUAAGACUA